AUGGUUCCGAAACUAGAAGCUAUCAAGGGUGGUGGUGGAUCCGUCAAAGUUGGAGCUACUGGAACAAUCAGUGCCCUCAUGACAAGGGAGCUCGAGUCCGCCAAAUCUUCGCCGCAAACAUCGAGUCCUCGUGAUCUUAAGAUCAGAACCGCUUCUGUUUCAGUUCCAUGUAAUGUUGUUACCACAACCCCUAGAAGGCUACAAGCAAAAAAGCCAGUGGAUGAAGCAAGUACCAGUGGCAGCAGAAGCCCCGAGGCAUUGAGGAGAGCGAAACAACAGGCUAAAGGAAGCCAUCGAGUGCCUAUGCUUGGCUCAGAUAAUCUCACCAUGGACAGAACUCCUAGCAGGGAGAAGAAGAACAACAAGAAGGUGAUUAACAUAGUCGAAGUUGUGGACAUCAAAUGUGGUAGCCCUGAUAGAGCAUGGGCCACCCCUCUAACAAGCAAACUCAAGAAGCUUGGUUUCUCAAAGUUAUCCGAGAGCGUGGUCUAG